AUGGUUGCCGAGGUGAAUGUCCGUGAAUUGUCUAUCUCUAAGAAGGACCGUACUUCAAUGCCUGCCAUUGCCAAUUCCAAAUUCCUUACUUUGCCCACCAUUUUGACUCUUGGCCGUGUGGCCGCUGUACCUCUUCUUGUUGCCACCUUCUUCAUGGAUAGUUGGCGUGGAACAGUUGUUACUACAAGUAUCUUCACUGCUGCAGCAGUUACAGAUUGGCUUGAUGGUUAUAUUGCUCGUAAGAUGAAAAUGAAAUCGACAUUUGGUGCCUUUUUAGAUCCAGUAGCUGAUAAGCUCAUGGUUUCUGCCACAUUGGUCCUAUUAUGUACUAGACCUUUGGAAGUUGCUGUGUUUGGACAAUUACCAUGGCUAUUGAUUAUACCUUCAAUCACCAUAAUUGGUAGAGAGAUAACCAUGUCAGCACUCAGGGAAUGGGCGGCUUCCCAGGGUAGCAAGCUUCUAGAGGUUGUUGCAGUUAAUAACCUGGGGAAAUGGAAAACAGCCACACAGAUGGUGGCAUUAAUUAUCCUCCUUGCUACCCGGGACCGCAGUCAUGGAGGACCUGCCAUCUUGGCAGGAUCUGGUGUUCUCUUGCUUUACAUUUCAGCAGGGCUUGCCAUAUGGUCAUUUGUAGUAUACACGAGGGAAAUUUGCAAGGUGUUGAGGAGGUAG